CCCGCGGGGCUGCGCGAGCGUCCCCAGCCCCGGGAGCCCGGUCCGCCCCGCCCCCAGCCGGGGCGGCCGUCGAGGGAGGGCGCCAUGGACGCCCCGGAGACGCGGGGGACAGAUCCUGCUCGUCUCCUCAAAGAGAUUCCAGAAGACGCAUUGCCUCAGGGUCUCCCGGAAGCCAGGUCGGAGGGGUCCGUGACUUUCAAGGACGUGGCUGUGGACUUUACCCAGGAGGAGUGGGGCCAACUGGACUCCCCCCAGAGGGCCCUGUACCGGGAUGUGAUGCUGGAAAACUACCAGAACCUUCUUUCCCUGGGGCCUCCGGUCUGCAAGCCAGACGUCAUCUCCCACCUGGAGCGAGGCGAGGAGCCAUGGCAGGCUGCCAGAGACGGGCCUGCGGGGCCGGGUCCAGAACCAGGAUGGGAACCCCGGCCUGCAGUGGAGGAGACGCUUGUUUACAAGGAAGAGCCGCCGUGGGAGCCGAUCGCAGACGGGUUGGCGAGGUCCAAUGUGCACAACCCCGGGUUCAGCAAUGAGUGUAUCUGGGGGUGCCUGGCGACUGCUCUGACCCGAGGCGAAGCCUCCUACGCCGGUGCUGGGUCCGCCGAGGAGCGCCGGCAGGGCCGCUAUGAGUCCAAGGAGGCACUUGGCCUGCAGAGCGCCCUGCCGGCCCAGCCCAGCCUUCCCACGGAAGGAGCCUCUCCAGAAAGCCAGCCUGGGAGGAGGCGGCGCCGGAGCCAGGGUGCGGGGAGCGGCCCGUUCGCGUGCGGCGAGUGCGGCAAGGCCUUCCAGCGGAGCGCGGCGCUGGCGCUGCACCGGCGCUGGCACGCGCGGGAGAAGGCCUACGAGUGCGGCGAGGCCCUCAGCUGGAGCACCGGCCUGCUGGAGCACCGGCGCGCGCACGCCGGCGAGAAGCCCUUCCAGUGCGGCCAGUGCGGCAAGGCCUUCAGCUGCCACUCGUCGCUCAACGUGCACCGGCGCGCGCACACCGGCGAGCGGCCCUACAAGUGCGGCCACUGCGCCAAGGCCUUCAGCUGCAGCUCGCUGCUGGCCAUGCACCUGCGCGUGCACACGGGCGAGCGGCCCUACCGCUGCGGCGAGUGCGGCAAGGCCUUCAACCAGCGGACGCACCUCACGCGCCACCGCCGCGUGCACACGGGCGAGAAGCCUUACCGCUGCGGCGCGUGCGGCCGGGCCUUCGCCUGCCACUCGUCGCUGACGGCGCACGAGAAGCUGCACAGCGGGGACAAGCCCUUCCGCUGCAGCGACUGCCAGAAGGCCUUCAGCAGCCGCUCGCGCCUGACGCUGCACCGGCGCGCGCACACCGGCGAGAAGCCCUUCCGGUGCGGCCAGUGCGCCAAGGCCUUCAGCUGCCACGCGUACCUGGUGGUGCACCAGCGCGUGCACAGCGGCGAGAAGCCCUUCCGCUGCGACGAGUGCGGCAAGGCCUUCAGCUCCCACUCCUACCUGAUCGUGCACCAGCGCGUGCACACGGGCGAGAAGCCCUUCGACUGCAGCCGCUGCUGGAAGGCCUUCAGCUGCCACUCGUCACUCAUCGUGCACCAGCGCGUGCACACCGGCGAGAAGCCCUACAAGUGCGGCCAGUGCGGCCGGGCCUUCAGCCAGAACCACUGUCUCAUUAAACAUCAGAAGACGCACUCGGCGGAGAAGCCCUUCAAGUGUCACGAGUGCGGCGAGGUGUUCGGCUGGAGCGGGCCUCUGGCAGAGCACCGCAGGCUCCAUGGCGGGGAGAAGCCCUUUGCCGUCCAGUUGGACCAGCGCUUGCUGAGCACCUACUACCUGCCUGGCGGCCUGCUGGGCCCAGGGGCCUCAGGCGGGAGCAACGUGGGCCGGGUCGAUGCCCUGGAUGUGGCCAAGUUCCUGGGUGUGGCCCCACCCUCGGCCAGCAGGAGUUUCCCCCUUGGGAGCAACCCCGGAAAUUGACUCCUGUGUGUGUAUCACCCUCCUGCCACCUGAAACACACCUAGAGGUUGUGGGCUGCUGGAGAGGGAGCCGGUAGGAGAGUGCUGAGGCUGCCUGAGGGUGUCCUGUCCGCUCUGCUGACAUUUGGAAGGCGGGGAGGGAGCUCUCUCCUCAGGUGAAGGGGGGCCCUGUCCUCGCUUCCUUGCUUUCCACCCCGAAUUUUUUCUGUAAACUCUUUGAUGUUUAACAUGAUAAUUAAAGGGGAGAGAAAACAGGAGAAUCACAAACAGUAUUACUUUUUUUUUUUUUUUUUUAACAGUAUUACUUCUAAGUGAACUCUGCUCCGGGAGGGAAGAAUGGGCUCAGAUGGUGGGCAUUUGGGAAGAAGCAAAUUCCCCGGACUCUCCACACUGACAUGUUAGUGGCCGUGCAGCCCAGCGUCCUGUCUGGCCACCCUGUCCAUGGCAGAAGCAGGCUUCGUACCCCGGGAUGGCAAGGCCACCUGCGGGGCUGCCCCAGACCCCAUGGUGCUCAGCCUCCGAGAGGCUAUAUGCCUGGUGGUCCCGGAGAAGGAGAAGGAUGACGUCCCUCUGGGGCUUGGUUAUGACUCAGUCAUCCCACUCACAUUUUAGAGCAGAGACCAGCUGCCUGCUCACAUCUGUAUGGAGUGCUGGAGUCUAUGACACACUUUUAUUAAAGUAUGUUUGGAGGCUGAAUAACCACAUUUCAGGAAACGGAAUUAAGGGAAGAGACACCCACAAUUCUUAUUAAAACUGCAUUUCGCACUUUGGUAACUUCACCUUCUGCUUUCUGAUGGUGCGUCUUCACGUUUCUGUAAACACGGGCGCACCGUCUGUCGUUUUGGUCCCCCAGCGUCCUCACCGCAUGACCAGCCUUUCUCCAGCAGAGCCCUGUUGUCUUUGGAGCUGAGGUUCUGGGUAGGGCGGGCUGUUCUGUUAGCUGCUUUUCCGUUGGAUGCGAAGUUAUUUCCAAGCUGUCACUAUUAUAAACCAUCCUUCAUACACCAUCUUUUUGCAUUCUUUAACAUUGUCCUGUGGUAGAUUACUAGAAGUAAUUUUGAGAUAAAGGAAAUGAACUCUACUGCAUCGUUCCAGUAUGGUCUUGGUUGUGUGAGAACACUGUCUCAGUGUGAGGAGAGCCGGCGACAGCUCGGGCGGGACGGGCUGGUCCUGCCGGCCUGGCUUCUGGGCCCUUGGCGCUGACCCACUGCUCCAGCGUCCCUGGAGCCGGCUGCAAGCCCUUCCCUGCAGGAAACAGGGAAGCUCUGACAACUUCAUUGGCAAAAAACAAAUAGAAUCUAACUUUGAUUGUUACCAUACUUAUUUCUCUUAGUUUAAAAGAAAUUUACAUACAAGUUACCCCUGUCCCCACCCCCCCAUAUACACACACUGCUGCUCCCGCCCGGCGGGGCUGCUAGCGCCAUCAGCUGACGUCAGCACCUUACCACUUCGAGCGACACCUGUUGAUAAUGUUCAGUUGCUCAGUGGUGUCUGACUUUGCGACCCCAUGGACUGCAGCACGCCAGGCUUCCCUGUCCUUCACCAUCUCUCAGAGCUUGCUCAAACUCAGGUCCAUUGAGUUGGUAAUGCCAUCCAACCAUCUCAUCCUCUGUCAUCCCCUUCUCCCACCCUCAAUCUUUGCCAUCAUCAGGGUCUUUUCCAAUGAGUCAGUUCUUUGCAUGAUGUGGCCAAAGUAUUGGAGCUUCAGCAUCAGUCCUUCCAAUGAAUAUUCAGUAUUGAUUUCUUUUGGGAUUGAUUGGUGGUCUAGCAGUCCAAGGGACUCAAGAGUCUUCUCCAAUGCCACAGUUUGAAAACAUCGAUUCUUUGGCAUUCAGCCUUAAGGUCCAACUCUCAAAUCCGUACAUGACUACUGGAAAAACCCAUAACUUUGACUAUAUGGACCUUUGCUGGCAAAGUAACAUCUUUGUUUCUUAAUAUACUGUUGAUGUUUGUCAGCUUUUCUUCCAAGAAGCAAGUGUCUUAAUUUCAUGGCUGCUAUCACCAUCUGCAGUGAUUUUGGAGCCCAAGAGAAUAAAGUCUGUCACUGUUUCAGUUUUUUCUCCAUCUAUUUGCCUUGAAGUGAUGGGACAAGAUGAUAUGAUCUUAGUUUUUUUAAUGUUGUUUUGAGCCAGCUUUUUCACUCUCCUUGUUCACCUUCAUCAAGAGGCUCUUUAGUUCUUCUUCACUUUCUGCCAUAAGGGUGGUGUCGUCUGCACAUCUGAGAUGACUGAUAUUUCUCCCGGCAAUCUUGAUUCCAACUUGUGUUCAUCAAGCCUGGCAUUUCUCAUGAUGUACUCUGCCUAGAAGUUAAAGAAGCAAGGUGACAAUAUACAGCCUUGACAUACUCCUUUCCCAAUUUGGAACCAGUCUGUUGUUUCGUGUCUGGUUCUAACUGUUGCUUCUUGACCUGCAUACAGGUGUCUCAGGAGGCAGGUAAGGUGGUCUGGUAUUCCCAGCUCUUUAAAAAUUUUGAAAUGGAACAUGUUCUUAUUACUGUUCUUUCUUCAAGAAAACCAUUGGAAAUGCCCUUUGGCCCCCCUCCCAUUGAUGUCUCAGUGCUCUUUUAUUCACAUACAAACUUCGUGUUCUCAUCAUACACAUAAUACGUGUAUAUUGAAGAAAUUGGGGGGGAAAUCAGAUAUACAAGAAUUGAAACAAUCCUCAGUUCACAGUCAUGGCCUGGAGAUGCAUUUACUCCUGUUUUUGCUCUGCAUGUAUACACUUUUUUAAGUGUAAAGGGCUUUAUUAUAAGCAAAAUUAUUUAAGUCAAUAAAUUUUUAAGAAAUUA